GAGCCACUCUCUGCGUAUAGCUGCCCCAUUUGCUUCUCACCGCCCGUCCGGGCGACGAUGACUCCUUGCGGACACGUCUGUUGCGGCGAGUGCCUCUUCACCGCUAUCAAGACAACAAUGCAACGAGCAUCAUACACCGCACCAAUAGGUGAAAGAUUGAUCGCACGAUGUCCUGUGUGUCGCGCGUCUAUUCCGGGCUGGGAUGGAAGAGGCGGGGGUGUCAUCGGGUUGAAGCCGAAGCUAGUGUAUAGCCUAUGA